UGCAGAGCUCAAAGAACUGAGCCUGCAUCAGCAACAACUUCUCAGAGAUUGGUUAAAAAUGGAAAAACAAAAAGAAAUCAUCAGAAAACUAACAACUAUCCUGAAAGUCCGAAGUCUUCUGAUGAAACAAUGCCUUGCUGAAUGUUUAGGAACUUUGAUUCACACAAUGCUUAGCUGUGGAGCAGUAGCACAAUUUACUCUCAGUUACGGCACACACAAAGAAUUCUUGACUGUUACAAUCACUGGUGGAUUUGCAGUAGCUCUGGGUAUAUUGGUAACUAGUAAAGUCUCAGGAGCUCACCUGAAUCCUGCAGUGAGCUUUGCUUUGUGCUUGCUUGCUUGUGAACCUUGGUUAAAAUUUCCAUUAUUCUUUUUGGCACAAACAUUAGGUGCCUUUCUUGGAUCAGGGGUAAUGUUUGGUUUGUAUUAUGAUGCAUUGUGGCAUUAUGAUAAUAAACAGCUAACAGUAAUUGGAGCAAAUUCUACUGCUGGAAUAUUUGCUACUUAUCCACAUGAACAUUUGAGUGCAGUCAAUGGCAUUUUUGAUCAGGCAAUUGGGACUGCAGCACUUAUACUUUGUAUCUUUAUCAUUGUGGAUCCAUUAAACACAUCAGUACCGACAGGACUGGAAGCUUUUACAAUUGGCUUUGUGAUUUUGCUAAUUGGCUGGUCAAUGGGUUCCAAUUCCCAAUACUCAUUAAAUCCUGCCAGAGAUAUUGGACCUCACCUGUUUACUGCAAUUGCUGGUUGGGGAACUGAAACUUUCACUAUGGAAGAAAUAAACCACUAAAUAUUCCGGUAAGAAGAGGCUAUGGUCCUAAGCAGGAUGUAGUUUGUAGCAUCUUAGCCAUGAAGAACAAGUUACAUUGCUACGAUAGGCAUUGAUCGACUAUGAGGUAACCUUGAUCAUCAUGGGUACUCACAUGGGCCCUGUCUUUUUUUGGGGUAAGUCGAACAUUCCUUGUUUCAGUCCUAUUCCAGCCCCCACACAAAACUGUUUCUCCGAUAUAUUGAUGAUAUCAUUGGUGCUACUUCUCUCUCUCACCCAGAAUUGGAAAAGUUCAUCAAUUUUGCUUUCAAUUUCCACCCUGCCACAGAGACUGGCCACUAAUAUCUACUAUAAACCUUGCUUCCUGUAAAAACUCCAUUCCAUUCUCCCUGUUCCUUCACUUCAGUUGCGUACGUUCUGGUGAGGCCAGCUUCGAUGAAGGAGCCUCCGAAAUGUCCACCUUCUGCCUUAACUGGAGGAUUCCCCAGCCCCAUCAUCCAUAGGACCCUCAAUCGAGUCUAACGCAUCUCUCACACUUCUGCCCUCACCCUCUCUCUUCCAUCCUACAAAAGCAAUAGGGUUCCCCUUGUACUUACCGACCAUUGUACCAGAAUCAUCAAUCUCCAUUUCUACCACCUCUAGUGAGGUGCUAUCACCAGACACAAAUUCUUCUCCGAGAUAACAAGGUGUAGAUUUCAAUGAACAUAG